GUUUGCGAAGAGCAAAUCUGACACUUGUAAACAAGUUCCAGAUUCAUCGCAAUUCACAAUUUUUUCGAAAUUUCUAAAAGUUUCAAUAAUUUGACAAGAUCAAUCAAGUCUGACGUCAAAAAGUUGGUCCUUAUUUACUCAGGUUAUCGCCCUGACGAAUGUCUGAUAUUGUGGACAAAUCCGGCAAUCCCUUUAGUUCUUUUUCUCACGACGCCAUGCAGGGUCUUCAGGACAUUAUGAACUCCACCACACAAUUUCUUGGCCCAGUUCUUAAAGGGCUGGUGGACGCCACGGUAGGAAUCAUGCCCGGCGGAGGAGGUGGAAACAACGGUUCUAAGAAGGAUUACAAGCAAGGAAAAAAUAUGUCGACGAAAUCGAAUGGAAAUGGGAACGGUUUAUUUCUGCCGUUUAACCGGAACUUGGUCCGAAUAGCAGGGUUAUCUGGAGCACUUGCAGUUGGACUGGGGGCCUAUGGAGCUCAUGUUAUCAUGGUCAAUGACAAAAUCCCAGAAAAUCAGAAGCAUUCAUUUAAAACUGCAAACAUGUACCACUUUAUCGGAACAUUUGGAUUGAUUGCAUCUUCGAUGAGUUCUUAUCCUAAAGUGUCGGGAUUUUUGAUGACCCUUGGAACAUGCGUUUUUUGCGGGUCGUGUUACUUGUACGGAUUCACUGGUGACCAAUCCAUGGCAAAAUUAGCUCCCUUCGGUGGAUCUACGCUCAUCGUUGCAUGGUUGUCUUUGGUCUUGUAAUUUGUUCUUCGUACACAUGUGACAGGAAACAAGGAGUGGGCAGGAUAAUUAUUUCAACAACAAUAAAAAAUCUACUUAUUGUUAGUUAGUAAUAUAUUUAGGCUCAUGAUAAGCAUUACUUUACUUUAGUUGUAAAUGUGAACAAAUAGUUUAUUUGAAUUUGAACUGUGAUUUGAAUUGAGACAUUAUUUAAAAUCCUAAGUGGAUCUAGUCUAUUAAUUUCGCUGGUAUGAUAGAGUAGAAUGUUAAACCAUGCGGUACACGAUGAUUAUUGUGUUUGUAAUAUAAGAUUGCUGUUUUGUUGGCUAUAUUGAGUUUAAAGUUGUUUAAAGCUGAUUUAAAAAGCUUAAUUAAAUGUGAAAUGUGUAAAAACUUGA